AUGCUGCAAGUGGAACAACCAAUAAUGACGGAAAAAAGCAUAAGAAAAAACUCAGUCUACGACAGAACACAGGAAUACUUCACAAACUACAAGAAGUUCAUGGUUGUGGAGAUGACAAACAUCUCCUCCAGCCAGUGCCAGAUAAUCCGGCAGGCCUUAAGAGGAAAAGGAGAGUUCUUAAUGGGAAAGAACACCACCAUCAAGAGCGCGCUCAAGAAGCUUAUUGACGCACACCCUGAGCUGAAGGACGUGGAAAACGUUAUCAAAAACAACGUUGGACUUGUUUUCACCAACGGGUCUUUGAGCGAAAUCGAGAACAUCUUCGAGGAGAAGAAGACGCACGCAGUUGCCAAGCCAGGAGACUUGUCCCAGUGCGACAUCUGGAUCGAGCCCAUCAUAACAGGCCUGGACCCAGGAAAGACCUCUUUCUUCCAGGCUCUUGGAAUUGCCACAAAGAUUACAAAGGGUAAGAUCGAGAUCUUAUCAAAGUGCAAGGCGCUUACGCAGGGAAAGAGAGUAGGGCACUCGGAGGCAGCUCUUCUUUCCCUUCUUGGAGUCACGCCGUUUGUGUACAAGAUGAAAAUCACGCACGCAUACUCCGACGGAAAGUUCUUCGACUCAGAGUACCUCAAGAUCACCAGCGAGACAGUCGAGUCUAUGGUGAAGGAGGCCGUGAGCACUCUUGCCGCUCUUGCGCUUGGAGCAGGAUACGUAACAGAGUCUACUGUUUCCCAGGAGCUGCAGCUAGGAGCAAAGAACAUUAUGGCGCUUGCUGCAGGAGCAGGAUACAGCAUGCCAGAGCUGACUUCUCUUUUAAAGUAA